UAACACUUCUUUCUCUCAUCACAUAUUAUUAUUCUCUCAUCCCUUUUAUCUUCUUUCACAUUCAUUUCUCCAUCUACAAAUGGGUCAUGAAUGGAUCAAUGCAGAGCAGGAGUUCAAAUGGAGUGAGGAUGUCAAAGUUGAAAGUGAAGUGACUGAGAUUGUUCUUGUUCGCCAUGGAGAAACCACUUGGAAUGCUGCCGGAAGAAUCCAGGGACAAAUUGAAUCAGAGCUUAACGAGGUUGGACAAAAGCAGGCUGUUGCAAUCGCUGAGAGAUUGGGAAAAGAGGCGAGACCCGUAGCUGUGUAUUCAUCAGACCUCAAAAGAGCCAAAGACACUGCUCUAAUGAUCGCCAAAACUUGUUUUUGUUCAGAGGUGACUGAAGUGCCUGAUUUGAAGGAGAGGCACGUGGGUAGUCUCCUAGGGCUGUAUUGGACAGAAGGAGCUGAGAAAGAACCUGAAGCCUACUCUGCUUUUUUCUCCUCUCAGAAUGACCUCGAGAUUCCUGGAGGAGGAGAGAGCUUCGACCAGCUUUGUGAGAGAUCCAUGAAUGCUCUUGAGCAAAUUGCAAAGAAGCACAAAGGAGAGAGAGUGAUAGUGGUGACUCAUGGAGGAGUGUUGAGGGCAAUCUACUUGAGCAUUACGCAAGCUUCCUCUGCCGGAAAACUCCUAAAUGCGUCAGUGAAUGUUGUUCACCUCCGUGACCAGAAGUGGUCCAUCGAUUCGUGGAGUGAUGUUUCACAUCUCUCAUCCGUUGGAUUUCUUCAACGUGGAUUUGAUGGAGACGCCAAGGUCUAGAGAACCUUCCUCAUCAUCUAUACACUCAUAUCUUACCUCUAUCGAUCGCGAGAUCUAUCAUACAUAUUCUAUCUCUAUAUCUGUUGUUUCUGUGUGAUUGUUAUUUUUUUUAAGUCGAAGUUCUUGUGGAUCAGUUCCUGUCACGUAUUUUGUAGUAAUCGAUCAUUUACAAGAUCUCGAUUUAAGGGUCUUCAGUAAUAAUAAGCUUUUCUCUUCUGGGAUACAAAUUAAAAAU